AUGAUGAAAUUUAGUAUAAUUAGUAUUUUGUUUGUCUUUAUCAAUGGUGAAUUUGAAAUGAAAAAUUUAUGUACAGAUCGUAAUGCAACUAGUAAAUCUGUUAUUGAUUAUUGUAAAUCUCAAAAUGGUUCAUUAGAAUUUCGAUGUUGUUUUCUAUCGAAUUCAACAAAUAUUUUAGCUAUUGAUUUAACAGAAAUGCAUUUAAACAAAGUACCUGAUUUAAUUGAAUUUACAAAUUUAAUAAAUGUAACUAUGAUGGAUCUUCGUUUAAAUCCUCAACUUAAAUCUUCAGACAAAGAUGAUUUUCUUGGUAUGAAAUAUCUUGAUUAUCUUUUCUUACCUGAACAAUAUUCAUGUCCUGGUGAAAAACGUAUUUGGCAAGUUAUUAAUAAAACAACUGAUCCUAUAGGUAUUGUUUGUAUGCAUCAAAAAGAUUUUUGUACAAACUCAACUGAUACUUGUAUUGAACCAAAUUCAUAUUGUGUUUCAAAUGGACCAAAUCAUUUUUUAUGUUUAUGUAAAAAUGGUUAUUAUGGUUAUAAAUGUUUACGAUAUGGACAAUUUCGGAUAGGAAUAUUUUUUGGUAUAUCUAUAACUGUUACUGUAAUUUUAAGUAUUCUUUUCUAUGUAACACAACGACGACAUGUAAAAAAAGAUUAA